AUGCCUCAGGAACCAAGACAUCCAGAGCGUCAGUAUCUUGAUCUAGUGAAACACAUACUGGAAAGCGGAGUCAAGAGGAUGGAUAGAACGGGCACAGGGACACUGUCUGUAUUUGGAGCAACGAUGAGGUUCUCUCUUGAGGACAACACGUUUCCCCUGCUGACCACAAAAAGGGUCUUCUACAAAGGCGUUGUUGAGGAGCUUCUGUUCUUCCUCCGGGGGCAGACUGACUCGAAGAUCCUCGAGAAAAAGGGAGUUAGGAUCUGGGAGAGGAACGGGUCGAAGGAGUUCCUGCAGUCUCUGGGGAUUGACAGGGAGGAGGGGGACCUUGGGCCGAUAUACGGAUUCCAGUGGAGGCACUUUGGGGCGCCGUACGAGACAUCUGGGUCUAGCUAUGAGGGCAAGGGGGUGGAUCAGAUCAAGGAUGUGGUUGAUAUGAUCAGGAAGAAUCCCAACAGCAGAAGAAUGGUUGUGUGUGCAUGGAAUCCUGUGGCGCUGGGAGAGAUGGCGCUUCCACCCUGCCACGUGCUCUUCCAGUUCAAUGUGAUGGAGGGAAAGCUGAACUGUGCAAUGUACCAAAGGUCUGGAGAUGUUGGGCUGGGAGUUCCCUUCAACAUAGCCUCGUACUCACUGCUAACGAUAAUGGUUGCACACCUGACUGGGCUUCAGCCUGGGGAGUUUGUGCACUUCCUUGGGGAUACCCACAUAUACCUGGACCAUGUUGACUCGCUGAGGCUGCAGCUGGAGAGGGUACCAAGGCCCUUCCCAAAGCUUUUUAUCAGGCCAAAGGAGAGUCGGGAAAGGCUGGAGGACUUUGAGUACGAGGACUUCUUGCUUGUGGGGUAUGAUCCGCACCCUCCGAUCAAGAUGGACAUGAGUGUCUGA